AUGUUGACGGUAUUACUGGGUGCAGUGUGGCUAGUGACUCUAGUGAACGCUCAGAACGAGACGGAACCAAUCGUGCUCGAGGGGAAAUGUCUGGUCGUUUGCGACUCCAACCCAACUUCAGAUCCCACUGGGACUGCUCUCGGGAUAUCGGUGCGCUCCGGGAGCGCCAAAGUGGCUUUUUCAGCCGUGAGAAAUACCAACCACGAGCCCUCGGAGAUGAGUAACCGGACUAUGGUCAUCUACUUUGACCAGGUAACUUUCACUGACCUGUCUGUCUGUUAUAUCAUACUGUACCUGGUAGGCUAAUGUAGAGCGAAUGUGGCGGGAGGGGUUUUGGAUGACUGGUGUUGAAAAUUGAUAAAAAGCUCUCUAUCCAUGAGGUAGAGAAUGGAGAUUCACUGUUUCAGAUAGAGAGUAGAUUUAUAGAUAAAGGCUGGUAGAAGUAGUCAGCCUUUAAAUAUUUAAGUUCCUUUUGACGAUAUGAAAUGAAGUCUGACAUCUCUCCAAAUAAUUAAAUACCAGGUCAGGGGGGUGAAGUCUUACUCCAUGCUACUCCAUAUCUGAAAAGGUUAAUAGCCACCAAAUGGCUUUUCAAUUAAAUUUAAAUAAAAUUAGACCUUUGAGCCCCAGAAUUUCAUAGCUGGAUUCAUUCCAAAAUUGAUUAACUUGGUUUCUAUAAUUGUCUUCAUUUGAAACUAACGAAGUUAUAGCCAAAUGUCAUCUGCUACCUAGUCCUAUAAGAUGCAGUGUCAUUGUGUAUUGCGUGAGUUCCUUUAUGUGACUGACAAGUGCCUUUGAUGUUAGUGUCUUUUCCCUCUUCACACUCUUUCUAUCUUCCCUAGAUACUUGUAAACGUUGGUAAGAAUUUCGAUGAGGAGCGGAGCAAUUUCAUCGCCCCGCGCAAAGGGAUUUACAGUUUUAAUUUCCACGUGGUCAAAGUGUAUAAUCGCCAAACGAUCCAGGUCAGUGCUCUGAAUCAAUACUGAAGACUUUGCUCCCGUUUAUUUCAAGUGUGUCUGUGUCUGUGUGUGUCUGUGUCUGUGUCUGUGUGUGUGUGUGCGUGCCGUCACUGAGCGGGAGGGAGGAAGAGAAAGGGGAGGGAGAGACUGCGAACACCCGCUGGUAGACCUCAUAUUAGGCCUAAACUGAAAAAUUAUUCCUCUAGAAAUAAUUUGUAGAUUUGUGAGAUGUCAUUCGACUAAUUACCCAGAGAAAAGGGGUGUUUGCAGAUGAAAGUCACCAACUGAAUCAUAAUGAAUCGAUAAGGGUAUGGAGCCAAUUAGGAGCAGUGGCAGACAGUUAGCCAGUGUAGCUACAGGAGUGGCUUCAGGACCCUGGACAGCGGCAGCGUAGAAUCGCUCUCCCUGCUGCGUGGCUUGGCGGCUGCAUUUGACCGCAGGUGAAGACCAAACUGGUCCAACUAGACCAAAACCAAACAGACCAAAAAUAUAUUUUGAACAAAGUUACUUGGUUGAUAAUAUCAAUGGUUACUUUAAACAAUAUACACAAACAAGUAACUGGCAAAAUAAAGGAAACACUUCAGUAAAUUAGGGAUACAAAGUAGGCCUAUAUUGAAGCAGGUGCUUCCACACAGGUGUGGUUCCUGAGUUAAUUAAGCAAUUAACAUCCCAUCAGGCUUAGGGCCAUGUAUAACAAUGCCCAGUUGCCCAUUAUUUUGGCUACCAUGGCUAGAAGAAAUCUCAUUGACUUUGAAAGAGUGGUCUCAAAGGAGCAUAGGAGUAUAACGUGUCUGUCAGUCUGUCACCAGAUCUUAACCCAAUUAAGCACUUAUGGAAGAUUCUGGAGCUGCGCCUGAGACAGUGUUUUCCACCAUCAUCAACAAAACACCAAAUGAUUGAAUUUCUUGUGAAAGAAUGUGUCACAUCCCUCCAAUAGAGUUCCAGACACUUGUAUAAUAUAUGCCAAGGUGCAUUGCUGUUCUGGGGGCUCGUGGUGGCCCAACACCCUAUUAAGACACUUUAUGUUGGUGUUUCUUUUGUUUUGGCAGUUACUUGUACAUAUUGUGCAGCGCAAAUCCAUCGAGCAUCGACUGACAACUAAUUUUUCCCAAGCCACACAAAUAGAGUAAUCCUUUGAUUGCAUUAAAUUAGUGAAUACACUUGAAUAGAUGUAACCCUCUUUAAAUAACAUUUAACAUGGACAACGUGGCUUUUAAAACCAGCCCAUCUUAGAGUGUAUCUUUCACUAAUUAAAUCAUGGUCUAAUUAUGCCGUGAAAUCCAUAGGGCUUCAGUAUCACAUUCUGUUAUUCAUCUCUUAUUGGAAGCUGAAUUAAUUAGUUGAAAACAAACCAGGCAAGCAAAAUGAAAAGCUCUGUCAAACUGUAUUCACCUCUCAUGUCAUUGACACCAACUAAACCAUAAACAAGUACAAAUUACAGACAACUUACUCAAGCAACUAAAUAGCACACUAAAUACAUUUCACUGUCAAUCAUUUUUUUUUUACAAAAGACAAAUAUAAAGAUUUGCACCAGAAACGUAUAUCAUCCUCCCAUAUAAACCAAAUAAUAAAGAGAAGAAGAUUCACAGCUCAGUUCAGCUCUGAUACACUAGUCCAACAUAGCCACAACUGCUAUGUUCAAACUCCCACUGUUUGAUUGCCUUAGAGCUUCUGUUUGCCAUGGGGAGACAAAGGGAGUGGGGGUUUAUUUUCAAUUUACAAUCUGUAGAAACAAUGAGAAUAGAAAGGUUCAGAACUUUUGUAAAACAUCACAGUACAGUUGAAAAAUAUAUGGCAAAUAGAUCUCCUAUAUGGAUGGUGUUAAGAGAUAGAUGGGUGGUGUUGAAUGGAGUUGAAGGAUGGGACUAAUAACAACUAACAACAACUAAUAACAAGAUAACUAAUAAUGUAAGCAUACUGUGUCCAUAAUAAGUAUAUAGGUUGUAGGUUGGGAGCUUUUGUGAAAGAGCACAGUUAGAAAGAUAUGGCAUAUAGAAGCAAACCGGAUGGACAUCAUGAAAAUGAUCGGAGAGGUUGAGAGUAGAAGAAGUUCAGGAGAAAAAACAAACAAAAUAUAAUUAUUGUAAAAUUGACUGUGUCCAUAAAAUGUAUAUAGUAAGUAUAAGCUGGAAGUAGAGGCCUAAGCAUUGUUGUUCACUAGUUUACUCCAAUUAGGGAAAGGGUGGUGGGGUUGGAAAGUAAUAAAGUGGAAUAUAUUUUUUAAAAAGGAUAUGUAUGUAUGUAUGUACAGUGAGGGAAAAAAGUAUUUGAUCCCCUGCUGAUUUUGUACGUUUGCCCACUGACAAAGAAAUGAUCAGUCUAUAAUUUUAAUGGUAGGUUUAUUUGAACAGUGAGAGACAGAAUAACAACAAAAACAUGUUAGAAAUUGAUUUGCAUUUUAAUUUGGGAAAUAAGUAUUUGACCCCCUCUCAAUCAGAAAGAUUUCUGGCUCCCAGGUGUCUUUUAUACAGGUAACGAGCUGAGAUUAGGAGCACACUCUUAAAGGGAGUGCUCCUAAUCUCAGCUUGUUACCUGUAUAAAAGACACCUGUCCACAGAAGCAAUCAAUCAAUCAGAUUCCAAACUCUCCACCAUGGCCAAGACCAAAGAGCUCUCCAAGGAUGUCAGGGACAAGAUUGUAGACCUACACAAAGCUGGAAUGGGCUACAAGACCAUCGCCAAGCAGCUUGGUGAGAAGGUGACAAAAGUGGAAGAAACACAAAAGAACUGUCAAUCUCCCUCGGCCUGGGGCUCCAUGCAUUAUCUUACCUCGUGGAGUUGCAAUGAUCAUGAGAACGGUGAGGAAUCAGCCCAGAACUACACGGGAGGAUCUUGUCAAUGAUCUCAAGGCAGCUGGGACCAUAGUCACCAAGAAAACAAUUGGUAACACACUACGCCGUGAAGGACUGAAAUCCUGCAGCGCCCGCAAGGUCCCCCUGCUCAAGAAAGCACAUAUACAGGCCCGUCUGAAGUUUGCCAAUGAACAUCUGAAUGAUUCAGAGGAGAACUGGGUGAAAGUGUUGUGGUCAGAUGAGACCAAAAUCGAGCUCUUUGGCAUCAACUCAACUCGCCGUGUUUGGAGGAGGAGGAAUGCUGCCUAUGACCCCAAGAACACCAUCCCUACCAUCAAACAUGGAGGUGGAAACAUUAUGCUUUGGGGGUGUUUUUCUGCUAAGGGGACAGGACAACUUCACCGCAUCAAAGGGACGAUGGACAGGGCCAUGUACCGUCAAAUCUUGGGUGAGAACCUCCUUCCCUCAGCCAGGGCAUUGAAAAUGGGUCGUGGAUGGGUAUUCCAGCAUGACAAUGACCCAAAACACACGGCCAAGGCAACAAAGGAGUGGCUCAAGAAGAAUCACAUUUAAGGUGCUGGAGUGGCCUAGCCAGUCUCCAGACCUUAAUCCCAUAGAAAAUCUGUGGAUGGAGCUGAAGGUUCGAGUUGCCAAACGUCAGCCUCGAAACCUUAAUGACUUGGAGAAGAUCUGCAAAGACGAGUGGGACAAAAUCCCUCCUGAGAUGUUUGCAAACCUGGUGGCCAACUACAAGAAACGUCUGACCUCUGUGAUUGCCAACAAGGGUUUUGCCACCAAGGACUAAGUCAUGUUUUGCAGAGGGGUCAAAUACUUAUUUCCCUCAUUAAAAUGCAAAUCAAUUUUUUGUUUUGUUAUUCUGUUUUUCUGUCUCACUGUUCAAAUAAACCUACCAUUAAAAUGAUAGACUGAUCAUGUCUUUGUCAGUGGGCAAACAUACAAAAUCAGCAGGGGAUCAAAUACUUUUUUCCCUCACUGUUUGUAUGUGUAUGUAUGUAUAUGUAGGUAUGUAUAUAUGUAUAUUGUUAUAUAUAUAUAUAUAUAUAUAUAUAUAUAUAUAUAUGUAUAUAUGUAUGUGUGUAUAUACAGUGGGGAGAACAAGUAUUUGAUACACUGCCGAUUUUGCAGGUUCUCCUACUUACAAAGCAUGUAGAGGUCUGACAUUUUUAUCAUAGGUACACUUCAACUGUGAGAGACGGAAUCUAAAACAAAAAUCCAGAAAAUCACAUUGUAUGAUUUUUAAGUAAUUAAUUUCCAUUUUAUUGCAUGACAUAAGUAUUUGAUACAUCAGAAAAGCAGAACUUAUUAUUUGGUACAGAAACCUUUGUUUGCAAUUACAGAGAUCAUACGUUUCCUGUAGGUCUUGACCAGGUUUGCACACACUGCAGCAAGGAUUUUGGCCCACUCCUCCAUACAGACCAUCUCCAGAUCCUUCAGGUUUCGGGGCUGUCGCUGGGCAAUACGGACUUUCAGCUCCCUCCAAAGAUUUUCUAUUGGGUUCAGGUCUGGAGACUGGCUAGGCUACUCCAGGACUUUGAGAUGCUUCUUACGGAGCCACUCCUUAGUUGCCCUGGCUGUGUGUUUCGGGUCGUUGUCAUGCUGGAAGACCCAGCCACGACCCAUCUUCAAUGCUCUUACUGAGGGAAGGAGGUUGUUGGCCAAGAUCUCGCGAUACAUGGCCCCAUCCAUCCUCCCCUCAAUACGGUUCAGUCGUCCUGUCCCCUUUGCAGAAAAGCAUCCCCAAAGAAUGAUGUUUCCACCUCCAUGCUUCACGGUUGGGAUGGUGUUCUUGGGGUUGUACUCAUCCUCCUUCUUCCUCCAAACAUGGCGAGUGGAGUUUAGACCAAAAAACUCUAUUUCUGUCUCAUCUGACCACAUGACCUUCUCCCAUUCCUCCUCUGGAUCAUCCAGAUGGUCAUUGGCAAACUUCAGACGGGCCUGGACAGGUGCUGGCUUGAGCAGGGGGACCUUGCGUGCGCUGCAGGAUUUUAAUCCAUGACGGCGUAGUGUGUUACUAAUGGUUUUCUUUGAGACUGUGGUCCCAGCUCUCUUCAGGUCAUUGACCAGGUCCUGCGGUGUAGUUCUGGGCUGACCCCUCACCUUCCUCAUGAUCAUUGAUGCCCCACGAGGUGAAAUAUUGCAUGGAGCCCCAGACCGAGGGUGACUGACCGUCAUCUUGAACUUCUUCUAUUUUCUAAUAAUUGCGCCAACAGUUGUUGCCUUCUCACCAAGCUGCUUGCCUAUUGUCCUGUAGCCCAUCCCAGCCUUGUGCAGGUCUACAAUUUUAUCCCUGAUGUCCUUACACAGCUCUCUGGUCUUGGCCAUUGUGGAGAGGUUGGAGUCUGUUUGAUUGAGUGUGUGGACAGGUGUCUUUUAUACAGGUAACGAGUUCAAACAGGUGCAGUUAAUACAGGUAAUGAGUGGAGAACAGGAGGGCUUCUUAAAGAAAAACUAACAGGUCUGUGAGAGCCGGAAUUCUUACUGGUUGGUAGGUGAUCAAAUACUUAUGUCAUGCAAUAAAAUGCAAAUGAAUUACUUAAAAAUCAUACAAUGGGAUUUUCUGGAUUUUUGUUUUAGAUUCCGUCUCUCACAGUUGAAGUGUACCUAUGAUAAAAAUAACAGACCUCUACAUGCUUUGUAAGUAGGAGAACCUGCAAAAUCGGCAGUGUAUCAAAUACUUGUUCUCACCACUAUAUAUAUAUAUAUAUAUAUAUAUAUAUAUAUAUAUAUAUAUAUAUAUAUAAACAUGGGGGAUUGGAAGUGAUGCAGACAGAAUAUAUAUAUGGAUUGUUUGAAAUGGAGAUUAAGAACUUUCCAUUGUCUUUCUAGAAGGAUGGUCAUGUAUUUUGUGGAACAGGAUUGUCUUACAACUCCAGUAUUUUCCCAUUGAAGGAGGAAUACAGGGAUACAGGAGGAAUACAGGGAUAUAGGAGGAAUACAGGGAUACAGGAGGAAUACAGGGAUACAGGAGGAAUACAGGCAUUACAUCUUGAAACAUCCAUUAAUAUCUCACCUCCUCAUUCAAAUCUGUGUGGAUCUCAUGGAGACCAGGGGAAUGAGAAGUGAAUCCACUGGACAUAAAUACAUGUCUUACCUCCUCCUCAUUCUAUUACUUUUGAAUGUAAAUAACCAUCCAGACUUCAUAGAGUUGGCACAAGAACAGAUUGUUUCAGCACUUCAAGGACAAACAGAAGCACAAUUCUAAUUUCAGAAGCUACCAUUUGUAUAAGCAAACUCCAUCGUCAUAGAGUGUUACAUACUGUAUGAGCCCCAAGUACAAACCCCCUGAAAUAAUACAUUAACCAACUAAUCAAUAACUUUUGUUUAGUAUGAGUCCCUAGUGGGAAUGGAACUGUGAUUUUGGGCAGUGGCCAGCCAGGCCAGCGGGGCUAGCAGACCACAGUUUUUACUAGCCCAGGUCCAAAGUCUGUGCCAACUAACCGGCGGGCUAAUUGGACAGAUUUAUUACUAGCCCGGUCUGAAAAGUACUAGACUCGGGUUAGCGGGCUAGCUUAUUUUCAAUCCAAAUAAGAUAGAGCAGGCAAACAGUCAUUCAAACUGACAAGAAAACAAGCACUGAGUAGUGUAGGGAAUCAUUGUACCGUCUAAAUCGCUAUGAAAUAUAUUUUCAAUUACAAAAAAUAGGAUUUUACAACUGUUUGAAGCUUCAAACAGCGGUUUUGGUCCACCAGCUUCAAACAGCUGUAAAAAUGAUAUUUGUUGUUUUUUUGUUUUAGAUGUUACAAUGAUUCCUUACACUAUUCAGUGCUUGUUUUCUCACAUAAACUGAAAUUGAGCGAACAGCGUAGAAUUUUAGAACCUGGAAAUGUGCGAUUUCCACUAGAUAACACAUCCACAAAGUCAGAACAGCUUUCCCAGUUUGACAACAGAUGCUGCUCCGGCAGGAGAAAUCAAUAGGCGAAUAUUACAGCCAAUCACAACACUGGCGGGUAAGUAAUACUGUGAAACACUAUCAUUCCAAUAAUAGCGGCAGAUAUAUUAUGGACAUUUUCUGAAAUUCCAAUGCAAAAAUGCAAAAUAAUCCUAUAUGUAGCACCUUUAAAAGCAUACUUCUCCCAAAAACAUGACAUUUUUAAAGAUAACCUUGCUUCCCACUGGCCAGUCACUGUGUCUGCCUUCACCCAGUGAAGAGAAGAAAGUGGUCUGUUGUUAUGUAACUGCUGUCAUCUGUCUGUCUGGACAGGAAAUUAUGUGAGAUGAGGAUGUCUGCUUUUUCAUUACAGCUAAGUGCUGCAUUAAACUGUGGGCGGAAACCCACUCACCAAAUGUAUAUCUAAAUCUUCUCGCACUGGGCUUAAUUGGGUGCUUACGUAUUAAUGAAUUCAGCAGCUCAAUGGAAUGCUGACACCAUGCACCAGCCAUUAUUCCAUUUACACAUCCAUGUGCUAUAAUUGCAGGGGCUGGCUGGGAGUGAUUGAGCGAUGGUGUUUUUGGGAAGGGGCUUGUGAAUACCCCCCCUUCCCAAUGAACACAGUGCUCAGUCAGUCGGUGAGUCUGUGUUCACCACUCACCCUUCUCCCUAGCCGCCUCCCCUUCAUUACUCGGCUGAGAACAGGUCCAUCCUGCCACUGUUCUGUCAUCCGUUUAUUAGUCCCAUACAUCACUGCCACAGAGGAGGGAUUUUCCCCAGUUUGACCCUCUCAUCCAGCUGAACGAGGUUCCCUCUCCCCUCCUCACUGUGGAUGGGUCUGGGUGAGAGCUGAGAGAGCCUCCCCUGGGCCCUGGCUGGUGGGAGUGAUGUAGAGCUGUGGCCCUCCUCCAGUCCACCUCCCUGCCUGCCUUCUCACUGUGGACUCAUUUAGCACACUGAACAGAGGCUGCUCUGUCCUCUCUCUCUCUCUCUGUCUCUCUCUCUCUCAAGCUUUGCUGGUACAAACCAAGGCCUAGGAUAAGUGUUUUGAUCACUUUUAUGCUUUUUUAUGCGUGAUUUAGAGGCUGCUGUUUGAAUGUUAAGGGCAUGUUUGAGUCAAGGGGUGUUCAACCUGCAGGUGCUUUUCAACUUUGAUCUUAAACUCAGCACAGGGAGGGUGAACUGUACAAUGUAUGAAUCUGAAUGCGUGAAAUUAUGUGAUGUUCAUGUCUGUGUUCACUGUGUUCUAGUGUGUGUGUGGGUGGGUUGGUAGAAAUGUAUGUGUACUUUACCAUAUCUAACUGUAAUAUCUGUCCUGUCUGUCCUGUAGGUGAGCCUGAUGCAUAACGGAUGGCCUGUGAUCUCAGCCUUUGCUGGGGACCAGGAUGUUACUCGUGAGGCUGCCAGUAACGGAGUGCUGAUCCAAAUGGAGAAGGGUGACCGAGCCUACCUCAAACUGGAGAGAGGAAACCUCAUGGGGGGCUGGAAGUACUCCACAUUCUCUGGGUUCCUGGUCUUCCCAUGUAGAAGACAAGGAGACUGGAGGGACUAA